CUGCCCCGGCCGGAAGUCACCUCGCCGCCGCUUCCUCACGCGAAGGCGUGGUGCGGGUCCGACGGUCCCGCCAGAUGGGCGGUUAGGAGGGGACGGAGCAGCUGCGGGGACCUUCCCUAGGGCGGCGAGGCCGCGGAGGGCGCGAGGGUGGAGGCCCGCGGCGCUAUGGCUCACGUCAGCUCUCGCAAGCGCUCCAAGAGCCGAAGCCGGUCCCGGGGCCGAGGGUCGGAAAAGAGAAGGAAGAAGAGCAGUAAGGACGCUCCGAGAAGCUGCUUGGCUUCUAGAUCCCAAGACCACAAGGCCAGCAACACCACCUGUGGGGCGGAGGAGAGAAGCAAGCCCAAGGCCCGGAGGAGACCACGAAGCAGCUCCUCCUCCUCUUCUUCCAGUUCUUCUAGCUCUUCUUCCUCCUCGUCCUCCUCCUCUUCCUCCAGUGACAGCCGGAAGAAGCGGGGGAAGCACAGGGACAAGAAGAGGAAGAAGAAGAAGAAGAGGAAAAGGAAGAAGAAGCUGAAGAAGAAAGGCAAGGAGAAGGCAAAGCUGCAGCAGGGUGAGGCUCUGCCGGGACCCUCACUGGACCAGUGGCACAGAUCGGCUGAGGAUGAAGAUGGCGGCCCAGUCCUGACGGAUGAACAGAAGUCCCGCAUCCAGGCCAUGAAGCCCAUGACCAAGGAGGAGUGGGAUGCUCGGCAGAGCAUCAUCCGCAAGGUGGUGGACCCAGAGACAGGACGCACCAGGCUCAUUAAGGGAGAUGGCGAGGUCUUAGAGGAAAUCGUGACUAAGGAACGACACAGAGAGAUCAACAAGCAAGCCACCCGAGGGGAUGGCCUGGCCUUCCAGAUGCGAGCUGGGCUGCUACCCUGAGGGCCCUGCUGGCUAAGUGUUGGUGGCUUGGCCUGGAGGCUGGCUUCGGGGUGGGCAGCAGGAAGCCCAGUGGGUGUUUGCCUUUCCUCCUGUGCACUGGCCUCUGGCCCAGUCUCCUUUCACAUGCAGGGGGUGCAGGACAGGGUCACUGGCCUAAUCAGCUCUCCCAUCUCCUGAAAGAGCAUAACUUUCCAAAUAUUAAAUGUUCCAUGGUUGGAAA